GCUGCAUUGCAGCCGCCGCGGCGCCGCUCGGCUCCUCACUCCCAACAAUGGCGGCUCCGAGCCCGAGCGGCGGCGGCGGCUCCGGGGGUGGCAGCGGCAGCGGCACCCCGGGCCCCGUGGGGUCCCCGGCGCCCGGCCACCCGGCCGUCAGCAGCAUGCAGGGCUUUCAGAUAAACUUCUGUGAAAAGGCACAAAGUAAACGCAAAGCACUGAAGUUGAAUUUUGCAAAUCCACCUUUCAAAUCUACAGCAAGGUUUACUCUGAAUCCCAAUCCUACAGGAGUUCAAAACCCACACAUAGAGAGACUGAGAACACACAGCAUCGAAUCGUCAGGAAAACUGAAGAUCUCCCCUGAACAGCACUGGGAUUUCACUGCAGAGGACUUGAAAGACCUGGGAGAAAUUGGACGAGGAGCUUAUGGUUCUGUCAACAAAAUGGUCCACAAACCGAGUGGACAAAUAAUGGCAGUUAAAAGAAUUCGGUCAACAGUGGAUGAAAAAGAACAAAAACAACUUCUUAUGGAUUUGGAUGUAGUAAUGCGGAGUAGUGAUUGCCCAUACAUUGUUCAGUUUUAUGGUGCACUCUUCAGAGAGGGUGACUGUUGGAUCUGUAUGGAACUCAUGUCUACCUCGUUUGAUAAGUUUUACAAAUAUGUAUAUAGUGUAUUAGAUGAUGUUAUUCCAGAAGAAAUUUUAGGCAAAAUCACUUUAGCAACUGUGAAAGCACUAAACCACUUAAAAGAAAACUUGAAAAUCAUUCACAGAGAUAUCAAACCUUCCAAUAUCCUUCUGGACAGAAGUGGGAAUAUUAAACUCUGUGACUUUGGCAUCAGUGGACAGCUCGUGGACUCCAUUGCCAAGACAAGAGAUGCUGGGUGUCGGCCGUACAUGGCACCGGAAAGAAUAGACCCCAGUGCAUCGCGACAAGGCUACGAUGUCCGCUCUGAUGUCUGGAGCUUGGGGAUCACAUUGUACGAGUUGGCCACAGGCCGAUUUCCUUAUCCAAAGUGGAAUAGUGUAUUUGAUCAGCUGACACAAGUCGUGAAAGGAGAUCCCCCACAGCUGAGCAAUUCGGAGGAGAGGGAGUUCUCCCCAAGUUUCAUCAACUUUGUCAACUUGUGCCUUACAAAGGACGAAUCCAAAAGGCCAAAGUAUAAAGAACUUCUGAAACAUCCCUUUAUUUUAAUGUAUGAAGAACGUACCGUAGAGGUCGCAAGCUAUGUUUGUAAAAUCCUGGAUCAAAUGCCAGCUACUCCCAGCUCUCCCAUGUAUGUCGAUUGAUACUGCUGCUGCGUCGGACUCUAGGAAAAAGGGCUGAGAGGAAGCAAGACGUAAAGAAUUUUCACCUGUACCACAGUGUUUUUAUUGCUCGCCCAGACACCAUGUGCAAUAAGAUUGGUGUUCAUUUCCAUCAUGUCUGUAUACUCCUGUCACCUAGAACGUGCAUCCCCGAAGUACCCAAGUGAUCACACAGUGUUAGUGCUGGUCAGAGACCUCAUCCUGCUCUUUCCUGAUGAACAUACUCAUGAAAUGUGGAAGUCAAUACGAUCAAUUUGUUGACUGUGAUUAGAUCACAUCUUAAAUUCAUUUCUAGACUCAAAACCUGGAGACACAGCUACUGGAGUGGUAUUUUGUCAGACUUCGGAUACUGGAAGAACGCAGUGAUGGAUGUACUAUGUCUGGACGUAGAGACGUGGGCUGAGUGAGAAGCGUUUGCACAGCCAACGAGACACAUUGCCUUCUGGAGCUGGGAGACAGAGGAGGGACUUCCUUUCUUCACCAAGUGCAAUAGAUUUACUGAUCUGGUAUUCUGUUGCCUCACCGUCACAAUUGAUGUUUGGGGAUCAAUGUGCCCAGCCAGAUUCCUGUUUGAAAAUUAUUUUCAAUUAGAAUGAAUUUAUCUUUACCAAAAACCAUGUUGUGUUCAAAGAGGUGAACAUUAAAAUAUUGAGACGGGACAGAAUGUGUUCUUUCCUCCUCGACCAGUCCUUCUGCUCUUCACUGGGCAGACUCGGGUCUGACCCUAAGAACUGUCUCUCAGAAUUUGGUGUGCUGUCAUCUUGGUGUUCCACCUGCCACAAACCACCAGGACUGAGAGAAGAAAAACGCACGGAGGGCAAAGUUUACAGAUGUUUUUAAUUCUAGUAUCUUGUCUGGAACAACUUGUAGCAGCUCUGUAUUUCCCCUUUGUCCCGAGCCUGAUAUUUAGCCAUCGUAACUCACUCACAGGGAGAACUAGCUGGGAGCAAUGUGCCUUGAUUGAUUAGAUUCAGAUUUCUUGUAGGCAGCAAAAGACCAGGUCUCAGCUGUUUGCAUCACUGGUCCAGGCCUUCCGUUUCUGAACCUCUUUCCCUGCUGUGCAGUCUGGUACCAACCACUAUGUGACUUUUGCUCAUCUGAUAUUUCGCCUUUCCCCCUAUAUCAGAAACCUUAUAAUUACCAGGGAUGUUCCUUACCAAGGAUUUCUAGCCCUAAACCUCUCAGAUGUUCCAGUGCUUAAAAGGCUGAGAAACACGGGGCACAGUAAUUCGGUCGGUGAUGAGCAAGCAUCUUCCUAGAAAGGUGUGACCCAGUGAGGACUUGAUAAGCUCAUCACCUGCGAGAAUUUCUAGUGGGCCACCAUCAUUUCUUGGAAUUGGAAUUCUACAAGAAACCCCAAACCACACCAGAAUAGCCAUGAGGCCAUUUAAAUCUGCUGUCUUUUGCUGUGCUUCCUCACUCCCCUUAGCCAGGUUCUCCUUGGGUUCGCUCUGGCCUCUGGCGCCGAGUGUUCGGCUUUGCAAGCAGCACUGUGAGUGGUCCAAGCACACUGGAAUAGGAAACAGCCGUGGUCUGAGAUGCAGAUGACGCCGUUAUGGAGCCACGUGGUGGCGGGUGUUGCUGUGUCUCCUCCCAGAGUGACAGUCAUAACACUAUAAACAAUAAAGGGAGAAUGGUGCUGUUUUAAAGUCACAUCCCUGUAAAUUUCAGAAUUCGAACAUGAUUUAUCGCUUUGGUCCAUUUGCCUAAUUUUCCUACUUUCUCCCCCAUGGCGUCCUGAACUUAGACUUCCCAGUGUUCUGAACGGAAGCAUGGCCGUGUCUUCCUUCAGCCACACCAAGCCAUCGUUCUCCGUCUCUCCCGGGGCUCGAGAGGACCUCGCCUCUCUGCUGCCUGUCUCCCGUCUGGCUCAGUGUGGGGCCACUUUGCCAUUGUACCAAUGGAGAUCUAAGCAAUUCUGACUGUCCAGGAGCUAUCUGACCGUUCUGUUGUGUGGAUGACCACAUAAAAAGGCAAUUUUAGUGUAUUAAUCAUAGAUUAUUAUAAACUAUAAAAUUAAGGGCAAGGAGUUUAUUACAAUGUAUCUUUAUUAAAACAAAAGGGUGUAUAGUGUUCACAAACUGUGAAAAUAGUGUAAGAACUGUACAUUGUGAGCUCUGGUUAUUUUUCUCUUGUACCAUAGAAAAAUGUAUAAAAAUUAUCAAAAAGCUAAUGUGCAGGGAUAUUGCCUUAUUUGUCUGUAAAAAUGGAGCUCAGUAACAUAACUGCUUCUUGGAGCUUUGGAAUAUUUUAUCCUGUAUUCUUGUUUGAAUUCCUCCUCUAUUUAAGAUAUACACAUGGAAUCGAAGUGUUUAUGUAAUAGUUCUAUCCUUUUGCCUGCAGGUCAGUUGUAAUAAAUCUAGGAUGUGAUGAUGACUUUGUAAUUUGAUUUUCUGAAGUCAGACCCUGAGGGGAAAAUUAAGUAAAUUCCAUUAAAUUAUCUGUGCAUUUCACAUUGGGAAAGAU